GCUUACAAGAAUAUGAAAUUAAACUUACAAGGUACAGAAUAUACAAUAUACAAUAAGCAAGAGAACAAUUCAUAAGCAAGAGAAGCUUACAAGAAUAAGGACUGGAGUCCAAAUAAUCAAAAAGUGAACCGCUUAUCAAAAACAAACAACACUAGUCACAUUGCAAUAAGAUAGAAAACAGAAUUCAUAAAUUGAACAUCCAAACUGAAGAAAAAUAGAAAAACCCAGCUAACAAAAAAUCCAAAACUAGGGGUUCUUCAAACCCAGAUUUGAUAGAACAUAAGAAAAUAGAAGAAACAGAGAUAAUAGCAAUAUAAAACAGAAAAAACUCACUCAGAAGACAUUAAUGGCAGAACCAAGGGCAAGGAGGAGGGCUUACCUCAACUUAUACGACGGCAGAACAAUGGCAACAAUGGAAGGUCGAGGCAAAGAGAUAGAGGCACAAAGCAGAGUGAAGAUGAGCUUCGGCAAGCCACCGAUGAGCUUCGGCGAGCCACCGACGAGCUCCGGCGAGAGCAGAAAAGAAUCCAAAAAGAUAUACUCCAGCGGAGACUAGUUGAGUCAAUAGCGCAGCAGCAACAGGUAGAGCCGUUGAGGCAGAGAGAUAGAGGCGCGAAUCAGAGUGAAGAGGAGAAUAGGAUUUCGAGUUUUUGACGAGGUCCGGCGAGCCACCGACGAGGUCCGGCGAGAGGCAGAGAAGAAGAACUAUUGACGGUAGCGUAGAGAAAGAUGGAACAGGUGUAAGGUUGAGGUUGAGGUUGAGGGUUGAAUGCUGAAGGGAUUAGGGAAUUAGGGAUUAAAUGAAAUUAGGGGUUUUUCAAAUUUGAUUUUAGUUUUAGUUAACCAAUUAAAAAUUAAUUUUUUAAAUUUUGUUUUAAUUAACCAAUUUUAAUUCCUCCUUAAGCAUCCUUCUUCCAAAUUCCAAAUUUCAUCUAUGGCAUCCACCUUCUUCAACAACCUUCUCGCAACACCCAAAGGCCAAAGCACGUCCUAUCCUAUGCACUGCAACAACCCAUGCAACCUGCCACCUACUCCCCAACUCCUCCCAACCGCCAACUUCGGACCCCUCACAGCGGGACUGCUCACAAGUUCUUUGAGGGAUGUACUUCAAGGUCUCCAUUCCCGAACGGCGCCAGAGCUUCUAUUUUAUUUACUCUGUCGAGAGCCCUUCGAGGUGACACAGUACGGACCUAGGUUCACCGGCGUCAGCGCGCAGAUUCUUGGUGCUGAUGACAAGUACAUUUGCCAGUUCUCAGAGGAAUCGCAAAACUUCUGGGGAGAUGGUCAUGAACUGAUUCUGGGAAACACCUCUGUGGCCAAGAAUGAUUUGAGACCUCCAAACAAGGAGCUUCCCCCUCAGGAAUUUGAUAAUAAAAUGAUGGAAGGUUUUCAAGUUACCCCGCUUUGGCAUCAAGGUUUCAUUUGUGAUGAUGGAAGGUCAAAUUAAGUGGAGACAGCUCGUUGGGAAUAUAGUACGCGUUCUGUUUAUGGUUGGGGCGAUGUUGGGUCUGCACAGAAGUCUACAGCUGGCUGGCUUGCAGCUUUUCCUGUUUUUGAACCUCACUGACAAAUAUGCUUGGCGGGUGGAUUAUCAACAAGCAUGUGCUAAUACUUACUAGUUUGACUAUUCACUUGUUAAUUUAUAUCGUGAUCUAGUACUCUUCAUUUCUUUUAUGGGCUGAAUGAAACAUGAUAAUUUAGUUUGCCAAAUUUAUGAGUCUAUUAUGGUUCUAAACUACUAAUGUCAUUUGCCAAAUUGAUUGACAUAUAUAGUCUUUUGCUACCUAUAAAAUACUAAACAUCAACUAUAUUGUAGUGAUGAAAGGAUGUAAUUGUUGCUAGAGCCACAGUGUGAUUCUGUAAAGGAAAAGAGAAAAUGAUGUCAUUUACAUUUCAUAUUUGUGCUGAGACUAGAUUGACAGCAUCAUGUUUGAUAGUCAUCUGUGAAUAACCUUUCUGCUUUAAAAUUUAGUUACUCUUGUUUGUAAAUUUAACAUUUAUGCCGUCUUGAAUUUACUUUAUAUGAAUAUUAAAUCUCAGGUGGGAUAGAGUGGGAUGGCGAGAAGAUUGAGUUUAAUAAUGCCCCAUUUUAUUCAGAAAAGAAUAGGGGUGGAGGAUUCCUAAGAAGAUGGUUUUGGGUUUAAUGUAAUGUCUUUGAAGGUGGUAGCGGAAAAAUUGCACUUACAGUUACUGGUGGUUUGAGGCAAAUUUUUGGAAUAAUAAAGAUUUAUGAAAAUACUGCACUGGUAACUUUGUACUGCAUCAUGUGGCUCUUGUAAUUAUAUUUACUCCAACUUUUUGUAAUACCAAGAUAUUUGAUUGUUCUCCUUCCUUGUGUUAUUUGAAUGAAACAUGUUAGUUUUAAUUUUUAUU